AUGGAAACAUUAUCGGGUAUAGCUAUCUGUCCUGAAGCUCCUCAAAUUAAUCACCUGCUCUUUGCGGAUGACAGUAUGCUUUAUGCUCAAGCCUCUGUUGAAGCUUGUAAUCAGAUUAAAGAUGUACUUCGAAUUUAUGAGAUGGCGUGUGGUCAGAAGGUAAAUUUUUCUAAGAGUAUUGUUACUUUUAGUAAAAAUGUUACAGAAGCUUUACAGGGUGAGAUUGCAGAGUUGUUGAAUGUGGUGGUGGUGGAGUCCCACGAAAUUUUUUUAGGGCUACCUACAUAUGUUGGGAGAGCUAAAACUGCAACCUUCCAGUAUAUUAAAGAACGGCUUGGGAAGAAGUUGGAGGGUUGGCAAGGGAAAUGCUUGACUGGGGCUGGAAAAGAUAUUCUCAUUAGGGUGGUUGCUCAAUCACUCCCUACGGAUCUGCUAAAGCAUGGAAUGAGGUGGCAGAUCAGUAAUGGUGCUGGGCUUCGAGUUUGGAUGGAUCUGUGGCUUCCAAAUGCCUAUCCUUUUGUUUCGGUGCCUCAGCUCCAGGGAGGUGGGAUAUAUAUGAAUAAGGUGCAGCAGCUCUUUGUUCCUCAAGAUGUCGCACUUGUGAAGUCUCUAGUACUCUCAGAACGAAAUUUGAAUGAUAGAAGAGUGUGGCAUCUUGACUCAAAAGGCCAAUUUACUGUAAAAAGUGCCUGUAAACUCUGCUUGGGACUACAACAUGCAGCUAAUGGUGGGGGUGCAGCAGUUAUUUCAAAGGUUUGGAAAGGUGUAUGGCAAGCUUGUAUUCCUGGAACUGCUCGAAUUUGCAUAUGGAAGGUGCUUCAGAAUAUAUUGCCUACGGUUGACAGAUUGGUGUCAAAGGGAGUACAAAUUGAGUCCUAUUUGUGUGUGCUGUGUGGGAUGGGGAAUGAGUCCUCGGAUCAUUUGUGUCGUUUAUGUCCUUUUACGAAGACUUUAUUGGAGUCGGAGGAGGAGCUCAAGCGAGUUUGUUAUGAGGAGAGGAAUCAUAGAGUUUGGGAACAGGUAGAGGCCCGGGAAGGUGAUGUGCUUUUUAGCUUAAAUGCUAGGCUUACUGACUUCCAGUUCUAUAGGAGGUCAUUGUCUAGGAUUGAGAGGGGGAGUUGUAGGUGGAAACCUCCUGCUCAAGGUUGGUUAAAGGUGAAUAUGGACGGGGCUUUUUCAAGCUCUAGUUCUAGUGGAGGUAUUGGUAUUGUUGUUAGAGAUGCUGUUGGUACUUGUGUUGGGGGUUUCUGUCAGGCUCUGGAGGAUGUUUAUUCUGCAAAACAUGUGGAGGCUCUUGCUGGUAGAGCAGCUGUGAAGUUUGUACGAGAUAAAGGGUCCUCUCCGGUAGUGUUUGAGACGAAUUCUUUAACUCUUGCUAAUGCUACUAAGCAGGCUGUCAUUCCCCAUACUUCCCAAUUGAGUCGUGUGUAUGAUGACAUCAUAGAAGGGUUGAAUUUCAUUCCAGGUUCUAUGUUCAAGCAUGCUUAUCGUCAAGCCAAUUGUGUGGCUCACUGUUUAGCUUCUUUUGCUUCUCUGUCUAGAUCUUCUUUAGUUUGGGAAAACAUUCCCCCAAAUUUUAUUCUUAAUGUACUUUCUUCUGAUUGUAAUUUUGUUUAA